AUGGAGGCCGAGGAGGCUGCAGCGGCAAAGGUGGCACUGCGAACGCCCAAGUGCUCCCGCUGCCGUAACCAUGGCUUUGUGGUGCCGGUGAAGGGCCAUGCCGGGCACUGUCCCUGGAAGCUCUGCCUGUGCGACAAGUGCGCCCUCAUCACCGAACGCCAGAAGAUCAUGGUGGCCCAGAAGGCCCUGAGGCAGCAGGUGCCUGACCCUCCGGCUGGAACAGCUGCAGGGCCUGCUCCCCGGGGUGAAGGACCUGGGGUGGCCACGGGGGCGGCCAGUGCCCCCGAAAAGAGCGGCCACGAAGGGACGAAGGGUGCCCAGCCUGCCAGCGGCAACAGCAAAGGCAUGGCAUGCAGGGGGCCACCACCACCACCUCCCAGCGGCCCCCCCUUCUGGGACUAUGCUCACCCUGCUUUUCCUCCAGAAUACAUAGUCAACUCAGAAUAUCUGGAGAGAGAACCUCCAAAAGUGUACCCUGAGUGUUCUGGGGUAUAUCCCUACCACCCGUUUCCCAUGGGAUUUGCCAUCAAGGAGUCAAGCUCUAGGGGAGCACCAUCACCUCCAGGGAUAUCAUUUCAGAGAGGUUUCCGACACAUUCCUAGCAACUAUGGGCCAGGGAAUGGAGCUUCUGUGUCAAUUCCAGAGGGAGGUGCAGAUUUCCAUCAAGCAUACUAUGCUCCUCUACCUCAGUUCAUCCCACCAGGUUUUCUGCCAGGGAUUCAUUACAUUCCACCUCCCCUUUCAGUGAACAUGUUGGCUGAAACAACCAAGGAAGCACAUGGGACAACUGCCAACAGUCAGGAUUCAGCGGUGGUUCAUGAACCUGACCAACCAUCUUCUUCCCCAGAAGAAACAAGCAGAGACCGAUCUGUAUAUUCUGAACAGUAA